AUGUUUAUUGGAAUUACUGGACCCAUUUGUUCUGGAAAACAUUCUAUUGCAAAGUGGCUCAUUACAACUCAUGGUUUUACAUUACUUUCACUUAAAAACACUGAACAUUAUGGUCUUACCGCAAUACAGUUUAAUACUCCAAAAGACUUGUUAUUUUAUGUUACGAAGAAUUGGAUAGACAACUUUGUGACGUGUGAUAUUGACAAUCAUAAAAUUCUUGAAUUAUAUAGAAAACGCCCAUUCUUCUUGUUGUUGACAGUAGACAGUCCCAUAACUAUUCGAUAUCAACGAUGUUUAUUUCGUUGUCAAGAAUUUAGAUUACCUGAACCAACAUUGGAUGAAUUCGUUAUUGCAAGUGAUCAACAAUUGUUCAAUAGUGUCGCUCCAAAUAACGAAUUCACAUUACCAAUUACACAGCAGGAACAACAACGGGAGACAUCAAUGACGUCAGACGAAGAAGAAGACUAUAAUACCACCACAUCAAUUUUUGAAAUAAUGUCACUUGCAGAUAUAUUUAUAGCUAAUUCAUACUUAUCAUUACCUCCGCUUUAUUCUUAUCUCAUUAGCAUAAACGUUACGGAUUCGGAUCGACUAAGACCAACUUGGGACACUUAUUUUAUGCAUUUAUCUGAUUUAGCAGCUUCUAGAUCCAAUUGCAUGAAACGUAAAGUCGGUUGUAUAUUAGUAAAGAAUCAUAGGGUUAUAGCUACUGGUUAUAAUGGUACGGCAAAAGGAUUGAAAAAUUGCAACGAAGGUGGUUGUGAACGUUGCAAUGAUGGUGUGCCAUGUGGAAAAGGAUUGGAUUCUUGUCUUUGUCUUCAUGCUGAAGAAAACGCGUUAUUAGAAGCAGGAAAAGAAAGAGUUGGUGUAGGGUGCAUCUUGUAUUGUAACACAUGUCCGUGUUUAGGAUGUUCAGUGAAGCUAAUUCAAGUUGGAAUCGUUGAAGUGGUUUACAAUCGGUCUUACGGUAUGGACGAGAAAACCGCAAAAAUUCUUAAAGAAGCCGGUGUAAAAUUACGUCAGCAUUCAUCGCCAAGUAAAAUUUCUUUGUUAGAGAAAAACGACAUUGAACCAAUGGAACAAGUGUAA